CUCAUCCCCGCCCCAUAUCCCAGCCCCAUAACUCCCCCCAGCCCCAUAACUCAGCGCAGCCCCAUAGCGAUGGCCAAUAGUGCUGUGGAGCUGCUGGGCCUGGCGCUGGCUCUGUGUGGUUGGGGGGCGGUGGUGGCGGCCACGGCGCUGUGGCAAUGGCAGACCAGCACCUACGCGGGGGACAACAUCGUCACGGCCGUGUCCACCUACCAAGGACUAUGGGGCAGCUGCGUCAGCACCAGCACCGGGCAGCUGCAGUGCAAGGCCUACGACUCACUGCUGGCACUGCCAGCGUCCACGCAAGGCCACGCAGUAGCGCUGAUGCUGCUGUCGGCCAUUUUGGGUCCUCUGGCUCUUGGGGUGGCGCUGCCGGGGCUGCAGUGCACACAGUGCGGGGACCCCAAUAAGAAGGGACGCAUGGCGGGAACCGGGGGGGCUCUUUUGGGUCCUUCAGGGCUGUGUUCCCUGGUGGCCUGUUCCUGGUACGCGCAUCGCAGUCCUGCUACCGCGUCGAUGAGCUGCCGCUCUCAAAACCGGUGGGUCCCUAUGGGUCUCAAUGGGUCCCUAUGGGUCUCUAUGGGUCCCAAUGGCUCUCAAUGGCUCCCUAUGGGGUCUCUAUGUGUCCCUAUGGCUCUCAUUGGCUCCCAACGGUUCCGUUCCCGCAGGUACGAGCUGGGCCCGGCGCUGUUCGUGGGCUGGGCCGGUUCCGCGCUGUUGUUGUUGGGCGGUUCCGCGCUGCUCUGCUCCUGCGGGAACCGAACCGGAACCGGAAAGGCCCGAUACCCACGUGUCAACAACGCGCCGAGGAAAGCCGGAAGCGGAAGUGCCACCGACUACGUUUGAGAGACGCCCUGCGAGAAGAAGCGGGCCAAUCAAAUCGCAGAAUCUCCCUUUAGCCCCGCCCACGUAGACCACACCCUAUUAAGCCCCUCCCACUUUCGCGCGACCGGAACCGGAAGUGCGGCCGACUACGUCAAGGCGCGCUCUCCACCAGGCCACGCCCCCACGGCCCCCAAUCCACCAAUCGGAUCGCAGCGCGCCUAUUUAGCCCCGCCCCCUUCAGCCCCCUCCUCAAUUUGGGGCCGUUUCCCCCUUUUUAAUCAUUUCCCGCCAUAUUUGUUGCUUUUUUCUCCAUCUCCCGUUUUUCCUCUCGCGAUAUUUCAUCAUUUUGGGCUCAUUUCCCCCCAUUUCGGGUCCAUUUCCCCGAUUCUGUCCGUUUUUUCCCCUCUCUGUUGAUUUUUAAUCACUUUUGCCCCCAAACCGAUCGAUUUCCCCCAAAAAUCACCAUUUUCCGCCCAAUUUUCCCCAUUUUCUCCCCCAAUUUCGCCAUUCCUGGCCCCAUUCGGGCCUUUUGGGGCCAUUUUGGGGCCUUUUCCCCUAUUUUGUACUUUUCCCCCCAUUUCCUCCUUCUUUCCUCCCAAUUUCCUCAUUUUUAUACGAAAUAAACUUGUUUUUUUGGAGCCUUUUACCCAAUUCCGGCCUUUUUUGCCUCGAGUUCAAAAUGGCGGCUCCCGCGCUGUCCAAAAUGGCGGCGCCCUUGUGGG